UCAAAAUCAAUGGUUAGUGUCGAUCAGAACACUUGGGGUGUCGAAAUAGACAAGCUUUCAUAAGGAUUCUUGAAGUAAGGAUAAGUUACUUCCUUGACUCUGUAAAUUAGCCAAAAGGAAGUCAAUCUAGCCAAAUAAUAUGAAGGUCGGCGAUACAGUGCUUGUUGUCGGCUUAGUAAUUUUAUUGGCACAUUGGGGAUACGCCGAGACAAACGAUGAAAAGCUUGACAAAAUGAUUCGGGGAAUGCAGAAUUUUUCCAUCACUCUCUUCGAGAUAGAUUUCUUGUGGAGAAUAGAGAAUGACCGAAUCCAGAACAUAAUGCUAGCGCCCUAUUCCAUGUGGACCAGUCUGCUUAUGAUGUACGAGGGAGCAGGGGGAAAUACCUUGGACCAGCUGCGUAAGGUGCUGACGAUUACUGUCGGUGAAAAGGAGCUGAAAGAGUUCUAUUUAGAGAGGAAAGAAUUGGUGAACACCGAUUCUCCCGAGAUGGAGGUUCACUCGUACCAACACCUGUACGUCAGUAAAAUGUAUUCAGUCAAUUAUGACUACAAACAUGGCACGGAUGAGUACGAAAUGGGACCCACGGUAAUGGACUUCGGAGCGAGGUGGACUCAGAUCAACAGGGACAUUACGUAUGGUACCAAUAAUCAAGUUUAUUACCCUUUAAAAUAUGGAACUGUAAACGCGGCCAGGAUGUUUCUGGUCUCCGCCAUCUACUUCAGAGGCAUGUGGAAGCAUCCCUUCGACAAGGAGUUGACGAAAGUGGAACCAUUUUACAGCGAGAGAUCCCCCUACAAGCAAAUUGACAAAAAGCCUAUGAUGGUGCAGACAGGCAAGUUCGCCUACGUUGAUGACCUUGAGGGUCUGGAUGGCCGUGUCCUGGAACUGCCCUACGGCGAGGACGGCGCAGUAGUGAUGCUCGUAAUGCUGCCCAAACGCGGAUUUAGAGUUAGGCAUGUGCUCGCCCAACUAAGGGAAAGGGGCCUGCGUCCCAUCCUGGAUGCCUUAGAGAGUGGAAAUUCCACGAAAAAGGAUGUGGAGGUCAAGAUUCCCAAGUUCAAUGCAAACUCCACAGUUGCAUUCCCAUAUUACCUAUACCAGUUAGGUCUUGAGGAUUUGGUAAACUCUGAUAAGACGAAUCUAACCCGCCUGUCCGAUUCGCCUAAAAGUUUGAGGCUAGCCCUCUCGAACUGCCGCCAGUUCACCCGGAUAAUCGUGGACGAACGUGGCACGCCCGGAUCAGUGCCGAAGCCUUCGCCGGCCAACAAGUCAGAGGUGGUUAAGUUCCACGUGAACAAGCCGUUCCUGUACCUCGUCGUGGAAAAGAAAGAGAACAUCAUCCUCUUCACCGGAGAUAUUCAGAAGUAAACUUUUAAGUCUGGCAGAAAAAAGUAAUCAUUCUAGGAGACGAUUAUCUAAUGGAUUGCAAAUUCGCUUUGACAAAAUAAAGGGUUGUGCACGAAAAAAA